AUUCCGACGCGCGAAAUCUUGCUCGUUUGUAGUGUGAUCGAAAUCUGACUUUUCCUUUUUAAGUCAUAAUAUUGAAUGUUUUUGCUGUCAUAAACGUAUGAAAGUGAAUGCAAGGAAAUCGGUAAAGUAUGAGAGAUUACAAUCUUGCUACAUUCCAGUGAAAUUAUGGAUAGCAGAUAUCAGUAACAUGCGCCAACAUCAUAUUUUCACGUUCGCUUACAUUUUUAAAGGAAGAUUCACAAAGUCUGUUGAUAUUAUGGGAACAGUGACUUCAAGAGCGGAAUAUGCAUCGUUCUUUAUAUACAUUGUGGAUGAUGGUACAGGAGCCAUUGUAUGCAAACUUAAUAAGAACUUAAAAAUAGAUGAAGACAGGUAUGAAGAACUUCUGCUUUCAAAGAGGAGAAUUGCUGAAUCCCCUAUGCCAGCCCACGUGAAGCAGGCAAGACUUUCUUUUAUGGAAAAAGUGAUGACAAAAGCUGACGCAGCACGUGAACUUUUGGAUCUGGGCACAACAGUACAUAUUCAGGGCAAGGUAUACGAGCGUUACGAGAGGCGCCAAGUGUUCGUGACAGACAUCUAGCUUGGGAGAAGAAGGAGAUCACAUUUUGAAAGUUUGUGCAUUGUAUAAGAUGUAUGACCGCGUAGAAUCUGUCAGGAAAGCUAAGACUCUGGAUUUAGUACUGGAAAUUUCCCAUUUUCCAGAAAGGCAACAUCGACGAGCAUAUGAUCCGUGGAUUAUAUAGGUUACUUGUUAUGCAGAACUUCUGAUUUUACCUGAAAUUCCUUCUGUUGCAUUUCUUUUAUUUUUAUGCUUUGCUCUCUUUCUCUUAGUUUUACCCCAUUGUUUUGUAAAUUCAUUUUUACUUUUUGAGCAAUAAAUAUUUUUUUACUUGGUUGGUUGGUCUGUGAAUGGUUAAACGUUGAUGUACAUAACAGUUUUUGUUGAUGUGUUUUAUGUAAGUAUAUGUUUACAUGUUUUGACCAAUGAAGAAUACAGAAUUGUGUUUUUCCGUGAUUGUUAAAUAAAUGAUAUUAUAACUAUUUA